GUGUUUUGUUUGGUUGCUGUUAGCAGCAAGAUGGCGGCUCCCUGCCCGGCGCUCACACCCUGACUUCUGCACAUUAAACUCCAGCUCUCCGCCUCCACAGUGCUCCGUCACACUGAUGCAUGGAGAAGCCGUUAAUCUUAUUUUCCUGCUGGCUCGGCGUAGCGUUCCUGGUUCUGCGUGUUUUCGUCCUCCAGACUCCGCGUCGCUUCACCCGGGCUAAGAUGGCGGACGGUGCGCUGCAGUGCCGCGGCUAACUACCAGCACACUGAACGUCCACCCACAGACUGCAGCACCAGAGGAGGCUUCUGAUUCAACCUGUCUGAUUUAAAUCUGUCUGAUAGACCGCGGACAAGAGAGGAAAACUGUCCGGGGAAGUGCGAGGUAGCAACAUAACAGACAAACACUUAAAGGUAGCCGGCUACUUAGCAUUGGGAGCUAGCUGACAGGCUAAUGCUAACCCCGCUGUUAGCAGGCCGGAACUGAUUUUAAACUUUGACAAACUCUGAACUGAAUUUGGAGAAUUUGUUUCUCACUAAGGAACGAGAGAAACACACACACACACACACACACACACACACGCACUGAGGCGUCAUGGAAACCGAGCCCGGGACCCCCGCGGUGCUGCAGCCCCGGUGGAAACGCGUCCUGGGCUGGAGCGGCCCUGUGCCGCGGCCCCGACACGGACACCGAGCCGUCAACAUCAAGGAGCUGAUGGUCGUGUUCGGAGGAGGAAACGAGGGGAUCGUGGACGAACUCCACGUCUACAACACAGCUACUAACCAGUGGUUCAUCCCGGCUGUUCGGGGUGACGUCCCCCCCGGCUGUGCUGCUUACGGCUUCGUGUGCGAUGGGACGAGGCUGCUGGUGUUUGGAGGGAUGGUGGAGUAUGGGAAGUACAGCAGCGACCUGUACGAACUGCAGGCGAGCCGCUGGGAGUGGAAACGUCUGAAGGCCAAGGCUCCAAAGAACGGCCCGCCCCCCUGCCCCCGCCUUGGACACAGCUUCUCUCUGAUUGGAAGCAGCUGCUACCUGUUUGGAGGACUGGCCAAUGACAGCGAAGACCCUAAAAAUAACAUCCCAAGGUACCUGAACGACCUGUACUGUCUGGAGCUGCGGCCGGGCUCCAGCGUGGUCGGCUGGGAGAUCCCUCCGACCUCGGGUCAGCCCCCGCCCCCCAGAGAGAGUCACACUGCCGUGGUGACAAGCGGCCGCGGAAACAACAGACUCAUCAUCUACGGAGGCAUGAGCGGCUGCAGGCUGGGAGAUCUGUGGGUGCUGCACAUAGACUCUCUGACGUGGAGUAAACCGACCCUCAAUGGAACCGCACCCCUUCCCAGAAGCCUUCACUCUGCCACCACCAUCAACAACAAGAUGUACGUGUUUGGAGGUUGGGUUCCUCUGGUGAUGGAUGAUGUGAAGGUGGCGACUCAUGAGAAGGAGUGGAAGUGUACCAACUCACUGGCCUGCCUCAACCUUGAUACGAUGUGCUGGGAGACGGUGCUGAUGGACAGUCUGGAGGAGAACGUCCCGAGAGCUCGCGCUGGUCACUGCAGCGUGGCCAUUAACUCCAGACUGUACAUCUGGAGCGGCAGGGACGGAUACAGGAAGGCCUGGAACAACCAGGUGUGCUGCAAGGACCUCUGGUACCUGGAGACAGAGCGUCCCUGCGCCCCCUCCCGGGUCCAGCUGGUUCGGGCUAACACGUCGUCUUUGGAGGUGAGCUGGGGCCCGUCUCAGACUGCCGACACCUACGUGCUGCAGCUACAGAAGUACGACAUUCCUGCCACACCUGCUGUCACCUCACCUGCCGCUAGCACCGCCCCCAACCUCGUCCCAACAGCCACACCCGUAGCGAGCUUCUCAAACAGCCCCUCCCCCGUCGCCACGACAUUAGCCAACCAGUCUGGCAUCACACUGCUGCCCUCCCCCACCGCCGCUGUUCCUGCGAGCCCAUUGGCUGCUGUAGCCAAAGCCCCAGCAGUCCUGAAGGUGGCAGCUCCAGGAGUAGGGGGCGGAGCCUCUUUCGUUACCGUGAGGCAGGCCGCACCUAAAUCUCCAGUUGCCGUGACGACACUUCCUGCAGGUGUUCGUAUGGUCGUACCUGCCCAGGCUGGUCAAGCGACGUCACAAGGGGGCAGUCCACAGAUGAGCGGCAUGGCGGCGUUGGCGGCCGCAGCUGCAGCGACUCAGAAGAUCCCUCCGUCCACGGCGGCGAUGCUGAACGUCCCUGCGGGAGCAACGCUCGUGAAGACUGUGUCCGUGAGUCCAGGAACCAAACAGGGCACCCCCGUUACCAUGGUAACAAACCCAGCCACCCGCAUCCUGAAGACUGCUGCUGCUCAGGUGGGCGUGGCCUCUGGAGUCUCCACCUCCGGCACCCCCGGCAGACCGAUCAUCACCGUGCAUAAAUCGGGCACAGUGACCGUCUCCCAACAGGCUCAGGUGGUCACCACGAUGGUGGGGGGAGUCACAAAGACCAUCACACUGGUCAACAGUUCACUGGGAGGAGGCGGGUCUCUGAUCGGUAACCUUGGUAACCUCGGUAACCUUGGGAAGAUGGUGGUCCAGACUAAACAAGUGCAGAGUGGAGCGGCGACUGGUCAGACUGUGAGCAGCCCCCUCACACAGUUCCUGCAGACGAAAGGCUCCCUCCCACCAGGAACCAUCCUGAAGCUGGUGACAUCGGCCGACGGGAAGCAGACGACCCUCCUCAGCACCGCGCAGGCCGGAUCCCCCAAAUCCACAAUCCUCGGCGUAGCCCCGGGAACAGGCACAAAACCAGGAGCCACCAUCAUCAAGACCAUCCCUAUGUCUGCUCUGCAGGGGGGGGCAGGUACUCAAACACACACCUGCACACACCUGACAUGCUUUAUUUCAAACAGGAUGACUGACAGUUAAGCUCCUCCCCCCCCUGCAGGUGCCAACAGUCCAUAUACAAUCUUCACCACCAAGAUGGUCACAGCAGGAAGUGCCGGAAAAAUCCUCACAACGGUCCCGAAGAUUGGCUCAGGAGGCCAGCAGGGACUCACACAGGUGGUGUUGAAAGGAGCUCCGGGGACGCCAGGUACAAUCCUGAGGACUGUACCUAUGGGCGGAGUCAGACUAGUGUCACCUGGAGCUGUCGGCGCCAAACCCAAUGUGACCACACUGGUUGUCAAGGGAACCUCAGGUGUGUCCAGUCUGGGGACAGUAACAGGAAGUAUCUCCACCGCAAAACCAGGAGGAGUUGUCACCUCCUCCCUGGCAACGCCCAUCACCACCCUAGCAACCAUUGCCACACUUGCUGGCAAGGUCACAGCUACAACAGCUGGACCCAAACAGGUGACUCUGAUCACAACUCCAAGUGGUGCGGAGUCUCUAGUCCAGGAUCUACCCGUCUCCAUCAUGGCGUCCCCGACUUCAGAAGAACCUGGAAGUACUACAAGCACCACGACAACUACAUCCAGUACUGCGGGAGGAGAGAGUGGAGACACUGCAGGUAACACAGUGACGUUGGUGUGCUCCAACCCGCCUUGUGAGACCCAUGAAACUGGCACCACCAACACCGCCACAGUCGCCACAGCAGCCAUGGGCGGAAACAACAGAGAAUGCUCCAACCCGCCGUGUGAGAUGCACGAAACGGGGACGACCAACACCGCCACGACCGCCUCGGCCAGCAUGAACCAACCGCCGCAGAUUGCAGGGAACACCUGCUCCAACCCGCCCUGUGAGACCCAUGAGACCGGGACCACCAACACUGCCACCACAGCGGGGGCGGGAGGACUCACACAGGUGAGACAACACCGGUCAGGUUUCACUUAUUGCCUCUGAUUAGUUGAACAUGAGUGUAGACUGAGUUCUGUUGUAUCUGUCUAGGUUUGUUCGAACCCCCCCUGUGAGACCCAUGAGACAGGGACCACCAACACCGCCACCACGGCAGGGACAGGUGGACUCACACAGGUUUGUUCGAACCCCCCCUGUGAGACCCACGAGACAGGGACCACCAACACCGCCACCACGGCGGGGACAGGUGGACUCUCACAGGUUUGUUCGAACCCCCCCUGUGAGACCCACGAGACCGGGACCACCAACACUGCCACCACAGCCACAGCUCAGCAGGAAGACUCCACAGACCCCUCCUCCUCCUCUGACCCCCCUGCACCGGCCCCCUCCACAGCAAGCCAGAGCAGAGCUGUUACCACGGUUACACAGUCCACACCCACCCCCGGACCGUCUAUACCUGAGAUCUCCUCAUUGGUUGGAGAGGGCAGGGCUGAGUCGUCUGAGGCUGUUGCCAUGGUAACAGAAUCAGCAGAAGACGGGGAGGAGCCUAUGCAGACCGACAGCCAACCGGGGCAUGUGAUGCCAACGGUGUUACAGGUUCAUAUGGAGGACAGUGAGGCGGCACAGAUGACCUCAGACGGCGGUCUUCCUCAUGAGCUGAUGUCAUCAGAGGGGGAUGGAGGGGAGGGUACGACGACCCUGAUGGUGACGGGACUCACCGCGGAUCAGCUGGCCGUAACCACGGGAACAGACGACGCUGUACAGCAGGCGACAAUUCAGGCCGUGCUGCAGGCAGCGGGACACAUGGGUGAGGAUCAGCCCAUAGUUCUGACUCAGCAGGAUCUGGCGGUUCUGGUACAGCAGCAGCUUCAGGGCAUCCACAACCAACCAGAACCUGAGCCCAGCAGCCUGCCCACAGAGGGCCUUGCUCCAGCAGACAGCCUGAAUGACCCCGCAGCAGAGAGUAACGGACACGAGCUGACGUCAUCAGCUGUGACCAGCGCCGUGGCCCGAUUGGCCAGUACAUUCGGCCCCAGCCCUCAGCUGACUGCCAGCCCGGUUAAGAUUCAAACAGCCGCGCUUCCCGCAGAGGUUACCAACGGCAACCCCGCUCCUGCAGGGAAGCCUACCGUGGUGAUGAGGUCAUCAGUGAAGGACAGUCAGUGGUACGACGUCGGCAUCGUCAAGGUGACCAACAUGGUGGUGACACAUUACUACGUCCCCUACGGAGAAAACAUGGCCGACGAUGACUCAGGCGUGGUACCUGACUACAGUCAAAUGAAGAAGGUGGAGCUUCAGCCGGGCACGGCGUAUAAGUUUCGUGUGGCGGGGAUAAAUAUCUGCGGCCGCGGAGCCUUCUCGGAGGUGUCGGCUUUUAAAACAUGUCUACCUGGUUUCCCCGGAGCGCCCUGCGCCAUCAAGAUCAGCAAGAACAUGGACGGGGCUCAGCUCACCUGGGAGCCUCCUGCCGUCACCUCAGGUAAGAUCACCGAGUACUCGGUGUACCUGGCCAUCCAGUCCAGCCAGGCGAGCUCGGCCUCAGGUUCUGGUCCGGCCCAGCUGGCCUUCAUGAGGGUGUACUGCGGCGUCAGCCCGUCCUGUCUGGUCCAGGCCUCCAGCCUCGCCAACGCCCACAUCGACCACACCACCAAACCCGCCAUCAUCUUCCGCAUCGCCGCACGCAAUCAGAAGGGCUACGGGCCCGCCACGCAGGUCAGGUGGUUACAAGAGAGCAGUAAAGAAGCUAAACCAGCUGUGAAGAGAGCCGGAGCAUCUCCUGAUUAUAAACCUGUCGGACCAAAGAAGUUCAAAACCGACCAAUAGGAGGAGCUGAUGUGAAGCUGAGGACUCUGAUUGGUUACUGUUGUCUUAAGCUCCACCCUGCGUCUGGUUACCAUGUCAACAGGAUGGAGGCGGGGACUCCUUGAGAGUUUCCUGUCCCUUGGGAGACAGAUUAAAAAAAAAAAAGACUUGUAGGAUAUCUGUACAUUAUCGACCAGUCAGAAACUGUUUUACUUUGUUGUCAUGGAGACGGCGAGGGCUGGAGUCACAUGUUCGGCUAAAAACAAUAAAGUUUGAGUUUAUUAAAUGUAGAUGUAGCUAGCCCUCCCUAACCCAGAGUUCAGGAUAGAGGUCAAAGGUCACAGUGCUAACAGUGGGUGGGGCCUCUGCAGAAGGGGGCGGGGUUUAAACCAGCUUAUUGUAAAUUAUUUUCUGUCCCAUUAAAAUAUGAUUUUCUUUUAUAUAAACGUCUGAAAAAAAGUUUAUUCUAAUUCUCUGGUUUCUGUUAUUUCUUCUUCUGUGGUCAUUCUAUUGAUUUUUUUCUUCUGUUGAUGGAGUUGUCCCUGUGCGACGGAGCUCAGCCAUUGGUCAGUUUGUUUGAGAUUUUUCAGCUAUUGGGAAUGAGACCUGUUUGUGAAUAUUCUCUGGAACAAUAAAGUUUUUUAGAGCAUUUUUUUACCGAC